AUGUCUGACCAAAAUGUCCACAACGCUGGUUUCACUUCCUCCGGGAUCGCAGGAGGAUCGCUUGCUUCGUCGAUGAUGUCCCGGGAAGCAAUAGCAUCUAAGGGAGGCGUGCAUUCUGGAGGCCCCACUGCUACUCUCCAAAAAAUGGGUGCCACAGGCUCAACCCACUCAUCAGGCUUUACCAGCAGCGGGAUCUCCCGUGGAUCCCAGGCCUCCCAGAUGAUGUCCCAGGAGGCCAAAGCCCAUGGAGGUGGAACUCCCAGGGGCAGUACUACGUCCACUGUCCAGUCCAUUUCAAUGGGUGGCAAAGGAGGAAGGCACUGA